GUAAACAACGAAAGAAUUUAUCAAUAGUGACAAAAAUGGCUCCCAAUAUGGAGAGUUCAAUUCAAAGAGGAUCAGACUUAUUAUUUGACUUUUCUUGUUUUACCUGUAAGGAAAAUGACAGAAACACAGAGGCUGAAAUUUACUGUGAGGACUGUUCUAAAUUGUACUGUAGUAAAUGUGAGGAACAUCAUAACUAUCUUUACAAGAAGCAUACCAUUUUGAGCAAGCAAAACAUCAGCCAGUGGCCGGAGACCGAUGUGAAUGAACUAGAGCAAUGUCAGGAGCACAUGAGAGAAAAACUAACAGGAUUCUGUGAGGACCACAGUCAGCUUAUAUGUCAUGUCUGCCAUAUCAACAAUCAUCAGAAAUGCAGUCAUGUGUUACUUAUAGCUGACAAAGUGAAAGACCUCUAUCAAAAAGGAGACCUCAAGCAGUUGUCAGCAACUGUUGAAACACAACUCCAGCAAUUGAUUAGUAAGAAAGAUGACUUUGAGGAAAAUAUGAAGUCUCUUGAGAAAUCUUACAAUAAAACUCUGGAGGAAAUCAAUGCUUUACGAAACACAAUUAAUGAUUCUUUGAAUCAACUUGAGAAGAAUACCAAGAAGGAGCUGGACACAUUACGGGCCUCCAUGAGGACGUCUAUUCAAUCUGACAUCGAAAACUGCACUAAGUCCAUCAAAAGUAUAACAUCCUUGAAAGAAGAUUGGCUCAAAAGAGAAUAUAAAAGUGAAGCAAUGAGUUUUAUCAAUUAUAGAAAAUGCCUUGACCAGUCCCUCAAGGUAGAAACAGCUUUAACAGUAAUGGCAACAAACAAUGAGAGAGGACUGAAAUUCAAUUCUGAUACAAUCAUCAAACACACAAUGUCCACUCUCUCAGGAUUGGGACAAAUACUAAGCACAGUCAAACAAUCACAAACGGCUGAAAAUACAACACAGAACACAGGCGUCUCAAAGAACAAACCUAAAGCAUCCACACAGUCUAACACUAGAAACCAAAGAACUCCGGGAUUCAUUGCAAAAAAGUCCAAUAGAGGAUUCAUUUCAACUGGAGAGUAUAGAGCUGGAACCCGUACAAGUGAUCAAGGGUGUGAUCCCGUAUCAAGUUCAUCACACCAGCUGGUCCCGAGAUAUCAACUUAAUGCGGUAAUCAAGCCUGUUCCAAUCAUGAAAGUGACAAGUAGUAUGAAGUACAGAGUGAGGAUAAAGAGUGAUUCAAGUUUAUUCGAGAGCAAUAUAACAGGUAUAUGUGAGACAGCUGCUGGAGAACUCAUAUUAAAAUUGACCGCAUGAAAGAUAAAGUAAAGCUGAUGGAUCUGACCUACAAUGUGGUGGCCCACUAUGACUUGCGCUAUACAUGCGCCAUGUGCAACAUUGACUCCAGUCUGGUGGCUGUAACUAAUUUUACUAGUAAUGUCUACUUCAUCAGAGUGACUGAUGGUCAGCUGGUAGAGAAGAGGAUGAUGAAUCUUCAACAUGCCUGCUGGGGUAUUGCACAUUGCCAGGGUAAUCUGUACAUUACAGAUGGUACAGCUCUGUAUCACUAUACUGUGUAUGGAAGACUCAUGUUGGACAGAGAUGGGAGGGAGAGACUGGCAGAGGUGAUCACACAAAAGGAUGGAGUGUCUUUCCCGACAGCUGUCCACUACAGUAAGCGCACAGGCUCACUCAUUGUGGAAUAGGGUAUGCUACUGACAUAAAAGGCAGAGUGAUUCUUGGAGUAGGAUGAUAUUCAUUUAUAACAGUUUACACAUUUAAAUAUACUGUUGUCAUGGAAAACAGUGUUACAGUUUUGUAUACACUGUAUAUUAUGUUGGAAACAAGAGCUGUCUCCGUCUGAAGACAUAUGCCCCCGUAAAACGCUUUUUUGAAACCUAAUUUUGAAACCUAAACGCGGACUUUGAGUCAAUUUGGCUGAUUAUGUAACUUGAUGUAGAUCUGCCAUGUAGUUUCGUAAUGAUCAGAUGACAAUUACUUGAGUAAUUGAGCGGAAACGCAAUUUUUUUAUGAUUCAAGGGCUGUAACUCACAAGUGCCUGGUAAAUUUGGCUGAUAAUCAAACUUCACCUAAAUUUAUUGCUUUAAAACAUUUUAUGAAGUUUGGUGAAUAUCUGCUGACAAUUGCUUGACUUAUUGAACAGAAACGAGAAAAACCACAAUUUUUCUAUGAUUCAAGGGCCGUAACUCAGGAGUGUCUUGGUCAAUUUGGCUGAUUAUCAAACUUGGCCUAGAUCUUAUGACCUUACACAUUUUCAUGACGUGUGGCGAAGAUCCUAUGACAUUUGCUGGAGUUAUUGAGCAGAAACGAGAAAAAAAGCAAUUUUUUGAUGAUUCAAGAGUCGUAACUAAGGAGUGUCUGGGUCAAUUUUGCCGAUUAUCAAACUUGACCGAGAUGUUAUUGCCUUACACAUUUUCAUGAAGUGUGGCGAAGAUCCUAUGACAUUUGCUCGAGUAAUUGAGCGGAAACGAGAAAAAACCCAAUUUUACAAUAAUUCAAGGGCCGUAACUCAAGAGUGUCUAAGUCAAUUUGUCUGAUUAUCGAACUUGACCUAGAUGUUAUUGCCUUACACAUUUUCAUGAAGUUUUGUGAAGAUCUCAUGACAAUUGCUUGACUUAUUGAGCGGAAACUUAUCCGGAAGGGAAGACUAACUAACUAACGGACGGUGCGAUUUUAAUAUUCCCCAAGAUCCUAUGUUCUUGGAGCAUAAAAAGACAAUAUUCCAUGUAUUUAACUAAUACUUACCAUGAAACUGAUACCUACCAUACUGAUAUUUAAAUAUGACCAAAUAUUAUUUGCAAAAAUAUAACUAAUAAGUUUAAUUAAAACUUGUUUUGAAAGGAUUACUGUAUAUGAACAUAUCAGAAUGAUUAAAUUAAAUGGAUUUUGUUUGAGAUAAUUAGUUGACUUAUUGUUUAUAAAUAGUACAUUAUGCUACUGUAAAUAAUCUACAUUGAAUUUAAGGAGAACUAUAUCUAAUAAUAAUAAACAAUUUUAUUCAUGGAAAUAAAGAUAAUAAAACAGUGGCUGUCAGAUGUUAUGUUUAUCAUUGUAUAUUAUGAUCUUACUUUUCACAGCAGAUUUUAGGUUUUAUAUUUAAUUUGGUGGGACCAGGCUUUCAAUGUAAAUCAAUAUAGAAGACGUUUGGUGGUAAAGUAAUUCAAUGAAUCGAUGUAUAAAAAUGUUGUAGGUUGUAGAGAAAUCUUGCUUUCAAAGCUAUUCAUUUUGUAUAAUCAAGAAGUUUGUUGAUUGGAAAAGUAUGUAUUAAUACUCAAAUGACAACAGUUCUUGACAGUUUCAGGUAAUUGGCAGAAUGCAAAUACAUGGCUUUGGUCACAUACCAAACAUAUUAGAAAAAUAUGUUGUCACAAAUGAAAUACUAAACUUAAACCAUAUCGGAUAAAAAGAUAAUUAAAUUAAUACUUGAGUAACUAAAUGGUUUACAUCCCUAUCAAGAAGCAACAAAGUAGCUAACUAGCAAGGUAAUCCAUUCUUUUUAACAUAUCAUUGUACAUGUAUAUAAAUUUAGAAAUAUUUCUUAAUAGUCUAGUGUUAUUACUGGAAAUCAUAGAUGUGAACUUGUUGACAGUGUAUAAGGAUUUGUUAACUUUAUGUUACAUACAUGUUGUUUCAAAUGCAUAAUCUUUUCUGUAAUAAUCAAAUUUUCUUUACAAAUUUGUCAUAUCAGACCAUGACUAGAAGUAUUGAUCUCAAAGUUGUUGUUUCAGUUUUGAAUAAUGGUGUGUUAAGUUAACGUUUUCAUACAAUAUGUAGCUACAGCAAUAUAUAGCUACAGCGUAAAUUGUCAAUAAGGUUUUUGAUAGCUUUUGUCAAGCAUAGUUUUAAAUUUAUGUUAGCCAACACAUUAUCUGAGAUAUCCUUAUCAUUCAUUGAUAUUUCAAGUGAGGUCGGAAAAUUAAUAAUUUUGCAACAUUUUUUAAGAGCCCACUUUUUACCGAUAACAGAUAAUGGGAAACUGCCUAGUUUGCCUUAGAAGACUGUGUUUGAAGUCUGUUGGGGGACACCUUAUAUAUCUUUAAAGAAUUUGAGAUGUUAAUUUGUCAAUCUCAUUAAUUUAAUUGACCCUCCUAAUUUUGCAACCAUAUUUUAUUUAAAGCAUAACUAAUGAGUCAAAAAGUAACAAAUUAGUUUUUACAUCGAGUUUUACUCUUCUUUAUAUGAACAGACAUUAAAUUUGAUACAUGUGUACUGGUAAGUAAAUUGUCAAUAAUCUCAAUGUUUUCAUUGUUCAAUGACUAAGAAAAAUUAUAUGUAGUUUUCCUUUUUUAAAUACACAUACUUUUGUAUUUUUAACAUUUAUUUUUAGACCCUAUUUUCAAGAGUAACUAUUUGAGCAAUUCAACUGGGCUUGUAAACUUGAAGAACCUGUUUUAAAUAGCACUAUAUCAUCAGAAAACAAUUACAUAUGCACAUCUAUCUUUAUCUUAACAUGUGAGCUUCUCAAAACCUACACUUUCAUUUAUAUCAUUUAUAAACAGAAUAAACAG